UUAUACUCCUCUAGUCACUCAUCCUUUAAGUUAGCAGGGUGGGGCUAGGUGCGCGUGCGCGGUUUUGAUACUCCGCCCCAAACUGCCAACUCUUCGCGCAAGCGAGGUAGACGCGCCUUGCUUAGGUUUACGCGUGCGCACUAGAGGACCUGGGCCCGGAAGACCAGACGCUUGCGCAGUGGGGACAACAGUGACAGUCCCCCGGGUGAGGCGCCGGCCAGUCAUGGCGGAACCUUGGUCUGGGCAGUCCUUGCAGGCUCUACCGGCCACGGUGCUGGGCGCGCUGGGCGCCCUCGGCAGCGAGUUCCUUCGGGAGUGGGAGGCGCAAGACAUGCGCGUGACUCUCUUCAAGCUGCUGCUGUUUUGGUUGGUGUUAAGUCUCCUGAGCAUCCAGCUGGCGUGGGGGUUCUACGGGAGUACGGUGACCGGGCUGUAUCACCGCCCAGGUCUGGGCGGCCAGAACGGAUCCACACCUGAUGGCUCCACGCAUUUCCCUUCCUGGGAAACAGCAGCAAAUGAACCUCUCAAAACCCACAGAGAAUAAAGGAAGCCAGCAGAGGGGUCUCCACGGCUAUCACCGGGUCUGCUGGCUCCCACACUGAGUCCUGUUGCCGCCCAGACCCCAGGGACGACGGCAGAAGGGAUGGGGUUGGGGGCAGGGUGUACCCCAGUGUUCGCAGGGCUGGGCCUCCACUACCCUUGGCCUUGCCUUCAGCAGCCCCAGGCAUUGGGCCAGUAAAGAAUUUGCCUCUA